AUGGAGCUAGUCGGCGUCAUCCGCUGUCCUCUCAAUUGUCUAGUGCCGUAUGGGGAGGGCAGACAAAUAGACGACCGCAUUGUCGAUCGUCUUGUUCGACGAUUCCGUAAAGCUAACUGCAACUCAAAUGGCGAAAAUCAUCAAGUGCACGGAAUUAUCACGUACGAAGAUCUGGCCAGCAUACUUAAUGCGCUACAAACCACGAAAGAGAGCCUAUACGAAACGUUGGAGCGAAACGCGUAUCCUUUAUUGUCGAACCGCACAAUUGCCUAUUUUAGAGGUCGCCAUCGUAUCGCAGCGGCAACCGCACUGAGCCAGAACGCUGUUUGGGCUGUACGACUCUAUUGUGCAAAGGCGAAUUGGGUCUCCUUCCCUGCGAUCUUAUCGUUCGAAAGUCCUCGGCAUGAAAGUCACGUUCAGGAUGCAGUAGAAUUUUCUGCCUGUGAAAGUGCAUACUCCGAUGGAGAGAUUUAUCGGUUGGUUCGGAAAUAUACAAAAGCGAAUGACACAUCUAGGCUUGCUGAGGUCAGGAGCCGGCUUACGCCAUGUAAGGAAGUGAGUCUCAACGGGCUUCUGCAACGCAGCUCCCUAGUCACAGCUCUAGACGCUUUGCUGGAAUUCCCCGGCAUGCUAGGAGGACUUCAACUGGGCAACAUCCACAAACAUCUUGCUCUGCAUGCAGACUCACACAUCAAGUGGAAUUUUGAGCACAUC